GUUAUGUUUAGCUCGUUGGGAUAUGGAUUAGACGCUCGAGGUUUUUUUGAAAUUUACUCUGGGACGGGGACUUUUUGUUGGCAAGGGUUUUUUAUCUUGUUAUCCCUCCAAACAUCAUACUUUUGCUUUUUGGAUCACUUUGUGUAUUCAGACUCGUUGCUCGUCCAAGCUAGUUUUUUUUUUCCGAUUUCAUGUCGUCGUUGGUGGAAGGCUUAAAUAUACCCAAAAAUAUCCUUGAGCGAAAGAGCUCCACAGGGUCACUGAUGAGCACUUCCUCCAUGGACGACACAUUCAUGCUGUCAAAUGGCGACACAGAUGGUCAGCAUGGAUCCUUUGCCUUUUUCUCUGUUCCUCCACCUACACCGGCCAUGGCCAACCUGGCGGAAGAAGAAACAGAGCACGAUCCGUUGCAGCAAACCGUGGCAUCUCAAAAGUCAGCAUCGUUGGAACCAUUGGCGGACCGUGGCACGAAUGUUGGCAGCAGUGGAGGGCUACGAAGGAGCUUUUCACAUGGCUCGGCACCAGCGUUAGUUUCAGGUCGGAAGACUUUGGUGGUCCGGGGACGGGGAGGAAACACUGGUCGCAGAAAUAAUCAACAUGCUCGCAGAAGGUCUGCGUCAGGACUCCCGCGGCUGUCUUUAACUGCCAUCAACGAGGCUUUUGUGGUGAAUGCAAAGGAUCCCAUGUUGAGCCCAUGCGACGAUGAACCAGAGAGUCCCGUCGAUGCGGAUGGUGGAUUAUCUGUGGUACACCGGAUUACAUCGUAUAGCUCGUCGGAUGUGAGCAUGUUGCAACACGGCGGUUCACUGGAUGGUCUGGCUAGUUUAACGAAUGGUUUAACGUCUUCAUCAAGCAUAUACGAGCAAAGUAGUUUGGAGGAAGGAGUAAAUGGAGCUGGAUUGGGAAUAGGGAUGGACGGCUUUGUGGGUGGAUCAUUUGUGGACGCUCUUGAAGCUGCUGCGACUCUUCAAGGAGCGGAUCGAGUUUCAAACUUGUCAACGUCAACGUCUGAUGUCGGCGAAGAUGUGGAAGCCAUGCUUUUGGCUGAAUUUGAUGAGAGUGCAGCGCUCAUGGAUUUUGACUCGGCCGCCAGGGAAUCGAUCGAUCACAGCCAUUACUUGGCUCUACAAAAUAGAGGUUUGCUGCCUCCAAGCCCUCAGUCAAGCAACUCAUCGCAACACUUUGAUACGGGCAGUUCGCAUCAAUCCCUCAUCUACCCUGGAUAUACGCAAACGCCGCCACAUAUAGCGGCAGCUCUAGCAUAUGGCUACGGGGCGCUGACUGUCCUUCCUCCUACCGGAAUGGUCCCGGGCGGCGGCUAUACUCCCUACACAGCAGGCACUCUGAGGGCUCAGAGCCCGCAGAUCCUUCGCCACCCCUCACCUGCCCCCACAUCUCCUGUUGUUGUCAAUACUACAGGGCCGUCUCGUGCGUCUCCCUACCCUCUGCCAGUUAACCCUUUAUUGAUGUCCCGGAGUCGCACGCGGUCUGUGCCCGCUAUGCGUCUGCAAACAAACCUAGCAGCUUCCAACAACAACAACAGCAACAACAGAAGGCAGCCUCUCAGCGCGGGACUCUAUCCUGUGACGCCCGGCACACCAAAUUCUCCGCCCUCCCCAAUGACACCCAUUUCCCCAACGAUAUCUGCAUAUGGCAGUCUCGACAACCAUGUUGUUGGGUAUGGAUCGGCUGGGUAUCCACUGGGCUUGUCGCAGGGCUCUUCCGGAUCGCUACCGACACUCCAUACUGCUAACCAACCACCACAGCUCGAGCACGAUUAUGCAUAUCUGACACCCACCACACCGCUUCACGGUCGUCUCAAAUCGGGGCGUCAUUCCACUUCCUCCCUCGCUAGCCCAAACUACGUAACCCACAGCGCGCCCCAUAGCCGCCAAUCCAUACCCCGUGUUUCUUUUCCACGGACGUCAUCGACACCCACUCCAUCUUCCGAUGCCAGCAUCCCUCAUGUUAGGAUUGACGAUCUGAUUCGCGAACAUGACGCACUCGUGGCCCAGGUUGCAGAGGCACAAAAGGCUCGACGAAAGGAAGAUGAGGAGACUUCCAAGAUGAUAGAGACUCUGAAUCGGCUGAUGGGCGUGCAUGGGAUUUAGAAAAGCAAAAUGUUGGGAGUUUAGAGUUUUUUGCAAAAUGGGUAAUUAUAUACCAACAAUGGGAGAUUAGACUGUUCAGUAGGAAAUUUCCCCCCCAAUAUUUUUUUUUUUUUAGAUUUCCAUAUUUUUUUGUUUUGUUGUUGAUUCCUGUUGCUUUCAUGGCUGGUUCAGUAAUAAUUAUUCAUUGACG